CCCCCCCCCCCUCGUUUUCUCUCCCCCUCUUUCUCUCUCCCUGAAUGACAAAACAAUACAACUUACGGAGAAGUAGUCACUCGUUGCCAUCUUGACACGGAGCGAAAGGGGCUCCUGCGGGAACGAAACAGCUCCCCAGAUUCCCUUACCCCGGAGGAGUGGUGUCCCUCACCUUCCCCAGCUACCGUCCCUGCGGGGGACCCCGACCGGCCACUUAACACACUUGAAAGAGCUCCGCUCGAGGCGACUCAGAGCUCGCUCACAGCCGGACGAAGGACGCCGAACGCGGGGUUGCGGACAGCGAGGCUGCGGCCACCAUGGAGGUCAGCACUGCUCCGAGGAAAGUUCCUCUGCUCUGGUUCAGCUUGCUGUGGGGGCUCUCAGGCAUAUGGGCCCAGAUGCCCCCAACGAGUAUCGAUGUGAACCAGGGUAAGACGGUGGAGCUGAGGGCCACGUACAGCGCACAGACAGCAGGCAGCGACACCAUAGUCUGGAACUAUGUCACCAACAGCACCCAGCUGGUCAUCUCCUACACCAAGGACUCCACGAACAUGGGCAGCUCCAAGUUUAAGGGCCGCGUGGGUUUCUUAAACGGCAUGCCAUCGCCGGACGUGUCGCUGUACCUCAACAACACGCAGGAGUCUGACUCCGGACGCUACGUCUGCCAGGUCAUCAGCCCAGUUAAUUCCGGCAUCAUUGCUGAGAUCAAUCUGGACGUGAAGGUCCCCCCCGGGGUUCCCAAAUGCUCUCUUUCUGGGAAGCCAGUGUUGAAGGGGAACGUGACUCUGAGCUGCAAAACCAGCUCCGGGAAGCCUGUACCGCUGUACAAGUGGAAGAAAACCAGUCCCACCUCGGAGGUCUUCUUCUCACCCAUGCUGAACGAGAUCACCGGCAGCCUGAAGCUGAGCAACAUGAGCAGCAACAUGUCGGGGAAGUACGUGUGCACAGCCAGCAACGCAGCCGGCUCCGAGAGCUGCUUCAUCAACCUGGAGAUUGUCAGCUCCACUAAUGUGGGGAUGAUCGUUGGCGCCACAGUGGGCUCAGUGGUUGGCUUCAUCUUCCUCCUCCUCCUCCUCUUCUGCUUUGUUUUCCUGGUGAAGAGGCGGAGGGACAACGAGGACGACAUGGCAAACGAAAUCAAGGAGGACGCUCAGGCUCCCAAGCGUGUGUCCUGGGCGAAGAGCGGCAUGGGUUCAGAUAUCAUCUCCAAAAACGGCACCCUGUCCUCCAUCGCCUCCAGCCCCCACCAUAAAGAGCGCCCCCACAGCCACAACAACCACCACCACCCGCAGCAGUACCCCCAGCGCCCACCCUCUGACACCGCCUCCAUCAUCACCGCCACAGGCAGCAUGGCCGGCUACCGCCCGUCCCGCCAACACGGAGCGUCCACCCCCACCCACUAUGGCUACAACAACAACAGCACCCUCCCACGCGGACAGGCCGGCCCCUCUGAAGGCAGCGCCAACGGGAGCUCCCUGCCCAGACCCGAGCGCUACACCCAGCUGCCCCAGGCCCAGGUGCUGCAGCAGACCUACAGUCAGCAUCAGCUGCAGCUCCAGGGGGCUCCCUCCCCGCCCCCACUGCCCACCUCCACCGUCACAGCCUCCAACAUCGCCCGCAUGGGAGGGGUGCCCAUCAUGGUGCCGGCACAGAACCAGGCCGGAUCUCUGGUCUAACGCCUGACCGUUCUGGCCGACUCUGUGCAGGCUGCUUAGAUACUACUUUUAGCAGAAUCACAGAAGAUCGAGAUACGAAAUCCACUUAUUGACGCUUAGUUUUGCGCCAAAAAGACUUUCAGACACAGACUGUUUACUUACCUUAAGCAGACCUAAGUUUUUUAUACUGCAUACAUUGCAAACUAUGUAUAGAUAUAAUGUUCAUACAUACAUUUGUCUAGUAUCUUCUUUUCAACCCUAUCAAGGCAUUUCUAUUUUAUUUGUUGUCAAAUUUUGCUUUCAAAUUACAUAUUAUAAUUACUAUUUUACAUUAAUGCAAUGACAAAUGGACCAUCAGUGUGUGUGUGUGUGUGUGUGUGUGUGUCAUGAAUGAGCAUACAGAUAGACCUGGCUGAGAUAUAUGUUGAAAUGCAUAUGCAGCAGAAAGAAAAACAAAACAACCGUAUACAUGGGAUAAAGUUUAGCAAAGUAUCCUAAUCCUUUCUUUUUUUGGCUCUACUUCUGUCGAUGUUCAACUUAUAAAAUGCUCUUAGACGCAGUACUUUAAAUACAGAUUAGCAAAAGCUUCUUAGAAUAUUAAGAACCAUUCAGAACUGCAGAACUGCAGUAAGGUGACUUUGCCAAAACACAAGUCCAAUAAUGUAAUAUUUUCAAAGUUGCCUGCAGAAUUGAAAUUGUAAAUAUGAUAUUUAUUAUCUGAUUAAUGUGUAGCUAAUUGUUGGCCAGAGCCUGUAUGGAACCUUUAAUAUAGGUCAUAUGUUCGCCUACAACACCAGAUUCUGAACCAAAGGUAUCCAGUAAAACUUCUUUAGAGCAGGGGUGUUAAACUCAUUGCUUUAAAGAAGUUUUGUUCUGCUUUGUUUGAAAGUGCAGGUUGGUGGGGAGACAACAAUGGAAGCAUAUUGAUUAAUUACCAAAAGCCAUAAGCAUGACAUGUAUAGAGUAACCAUUCCAAAGUAGUUCCAUUACAAAGUAGUAGAAACAGAAAGCUAAUAUGAGUUUCUGUGAAUACUGUUAAAGGUGCCUCGUGAUACACUAAAUGUGAAUGUGGUAAAAAAAGAAAAAACUAAUUCUAAUAGAAUUCAUCAUGAAACUUUGCCGGUUGAUAACUACAUAAAAGCAAUUCCUUACUUUAUACAAAGUCCCCGAAAAUAACUCGCAGCAGUCUCCAAAGUUCUUGUUUCAUUUUGAAGACACAAUGUUAACAGCAGUAUAAACAACAUCAUUUUGGCGAGGUUCACGUGUCUUUGUUCAUAGUCUGCAGCUCUCCAAAUGGCUGCAGACUGAACUAAGUGAGCAUGUGACAUGAAACGUUAAAUACCGCUUCCAACAAAACAAGAGCAACCUUCACUUUGAAUUUCCUACUCUGACACACAAAUGGCUACUGAAAAAUGACGUGGAUAUAAAUAAGAUAUACAGUAUACAUAUGCUGAUAGACAUAUUCCCAUCUAUACUGCUGUACUGUCGUUACACUGGAGUAUAAUGUUUGUGCAAACCAAACGAAUUGUCUGAUCUGUAAUGAAUCAUUUGAAACUCGGUGAAGGUAAAGCAUCCUUUACACAGUGGUUAUAAUGGACACAAGCUCGACAGUAGUUGCUGCAUCAUGUUUGUAUUGUUUUUAUAUGAAUUAAAACAGAAAGAGUUCAUGUGGGAAGAUGGAAUUGUGGAGGAAAUUAGUUGGAGUUUGUACACCUAAAAAAUGACAUGUGAAACGGUCAUUUAAGAGUGUACAUUAUGAACAUUAGAAUGUAUUUAAGACACACCUUUAUUUUUAUACAGUGAUGAGGUAUAAAACACAUGAGUU